CUGUCCCACUUCAGACAGCAUGAAAACAUUUAAACACUGAAGAGAUGGACUGCAUAUCACUUCAGAAGCUCUUGCUACCAGGAAGCCCUGACAAGUGCCCAAGCUGCAAGUUCCUAAGCUAAGCAACAUUGGAGCCUUCACAUUUGGAGGAAGCCACCCCCAAGAAGAACCAAGCCUUUCUAUCUGAGAAUGACUGAUGUGUGGAGAUUGGCCAUCUCAGUUCUCAUGGCCAAUGUUCUCAAUGAUGAAGUCGGCUGCUGUGGACCUCCAGGGCCUCCUGGACUUCCUGGACCCCAAGGGUAUCCUGGACCCCAAGGUCCUUCGGGACCUCCUGGCUUUAAUGGUUUUCCAGGACAUCCAGGAUCACAAGGACCAAAAGGGCCUACUCGUAAUUGUCCCUGUGGAGAAAGGUCAGCCUUCUCUGCCAAGUUCAGUGGACGUCUCCCUCCAUCUUGUGGACCUGUCAUCUUCACCGAAAUCUCACACAAUGACCAGGGGGACUUCAAAGAGAAGACAGGCAUCUUUAUCUGCAAGUUGCCCGGAAAUUACCUCUUCAGCUUUGACGUAGAGCUUCAUCAAUGCAAGAUGAAGAUUAGACUGAUGAGGAACAACAUCCAAGUCUUGGAAAAGCAUCAGCUCUCCGGAAAAGAGUAUGAAAGUAUUUCUGGGGCUAUAAUCAUGCCACUGGGAAAGGGGGACAAGGUUUGGCUGGAGGCAGAAGUUGAGACUGAGGACCCAAAGCAAGCACAAGUCAUUAUCUAUUUCUCUGGUGUUCUGAAUUUAUCCUGAAACAUCGUGUGACUCUUCAGACUCAAAAGAAAUGCUAAAGCAAGUUUUUAACAUUUGCAUAAAAUUAUGGAUUUGUUUCUUUCACCAUCUGAGAAAAUAAUUACAUAAAAUAAAGUAUCUUGGGGCUGAGGAGACAGCUCAAUAUGUG